AUGCGUAAGCUCCAUAAGUGCUGGGUGCAGGAGGGGUUCUACUUUGGGUACGCAAUUGACGCAUCGAAUCAAGAUGGAGAGGCCAUCAACGACUUCUUGUUUGGCAAAGACCGCAAAUCGAAGACCGGAAGCCAGCUGAAGGAGAUUUGCCGCGAGAAUCUCCUGGUUUUGUUCGACAUCUGUAUCAAGGAAGAGGAACUUUACGUCCUCUGUCGAGGAAAAGGAUACGAGUUCUGGCGGACCAUCAUUAACAGGCUGCCUCACAAUCGAAAGCUGUCACCGGACCAAGUCAUGCGGUUGAUUGGCUAUUAUUGUCAAGCUCGCCGGAACUGGGAGGGCAAAGUCCACAUCACCCCCUUGACCAAGAAGGCAGAUGAAUUCAUCAAGAUCGUUGAGCGAGUGAAGCGACUACCCGCUGCACCAACCUUCCAGCUUACGCUGAAUCUCCAUGCGGCGCAAGCAGAGUCUCUCAGUCCCACACAGCUUGACGCGACUAGCGACAACUCUGCUCAACAUGUCCCAGCCGGUGAUGCUUCGCAGCCUACCGCAGCCACCGCAGCCACCGCAGCCACCGCAGCCACCGCAGCCACCGCAGCCACCGCAGCCACCGCAGCCACCGCAGCCACCACAGGCACCGCAGCCACCGCAGACACCGCGGGAACCGGCUCUCCACCGUCACCUUGGCUCCCUAACCACUUCUCAAGGAAUGAGAUGGCCCUUCUUCUCCACUACGUGCCGCCAAAGCUGCACGGUAUUUGCAGAUCUUUUGCUGGAGUUACUCCACGCAUUCCCCACCAAUACUCCCUUCCAGAGGCCUCGCGGUUGUUUCUAUCACAUCUCACCCUCGCCAACCACAGCCCCAGCAGCCGCUGGAUGAUGUAUGUCAACCCGGUCGCCUUUGUCAGCCGAUGGAUGCAAACGAGAUGGUUUCGCCGGUCAAACAAGCGCUCCUAUGAGUACGACACCCUCAAUGACCUUUUCAACUAUGCCGACAAGUCAUUUUCCGGAGGUCGCGACCACUACAUGGGCCUGCUCAGCCCUUUCUUCUCCAACUGGACUUACGGCGACCCCAAGGAGUGGACCUCCAAGUGCCCUCGAAUGGGGAUGGCCCUCGUUCUUCGCAAAGAGGUUGUCAGCGGAAGCCCCGACAAACAGUUCAUCCACGUGGUCCUGUUCGACCCCAGUCUGGUCUACGAGCGCAAUUGCGAGUUUUGGUGGGAGUAUGCCGCGGAAAACCAGCCUCUCAACAAAGACUUCCGGGAGAGAGUGGUUGGCACACUCGUCGAGUGGCUCGGUAGGCACGGUGCUUCCCUUGGCACCGUCCAGUGGGGAGGAAAGCUCCGCAGCCCGGUGACUGCCGACAUGGACUCGUUGACACUGAGCUGCAUGUUCCUGCAGGAACUAGUGAAGGGCGGUGUGGUUCUCCCAGAGUCUGAGGAGUCUUGGAAGGAGGCUGGCUUUUGGCAAGUUCGUCGAUCGACGGAAAUGAAUGAGGAAUAG